CGUUGCCAAGACUAGUUGGUUAUUUCUCGCCUCGGCGAGAGGCAGAGAUACCAGUGGAGGGCCGAGCGCUCUCCCUUCAGAAGCUCGCCAUAUCCGUUGCAACUGGAAUGCGGUGGGAGCAAUAGCACAUGUGACGGCGACGGUGAGGUAACGUUCGGGCGCCCACGCGUGUGCAAAAGGCGUUGAGGGGUACGACUUGCGCGUCUUUGAGUGCAGCUACGGCAACGAUUUGGGUGAACGCGUGGCGCGAGGCGCGCCCGCCGCAGGCGCGGCGGCGCCGGGAGCCGCUGGGGCAGUGGCGACGGCGCUGCCGCAGGCGCAGCACGAUGCCCCACCACUUGAAGCAGGCGAGGCGCGGGUGGCCUUCGGGAAGCACCGGGGCCGCACCUUCGCGGAGGUGCUGCGGGGCGACCCGGCCUACUGCGACUGGGUGCUGCGCCUGGAGCGCCCCUACGGCGCCAUGGCGGCGUUCUCCCGCUUCCUGCGGCAGGCCGCCGCGCCGGCCUCGCCGCAGGCUGCCGGGCUGGCGGCUGACGCCUGCGCGCCAGACCGGGUGCCAGACAGGCGCAGGCCAGCGACCCCGCAGGCUGCCGGGCUGGCGGCUGGCGCCUGCGCGCCAGACCGGGUGCCAGACAGGCGCAGGCCAGCGACCCCGCAGGCUGCCGAGGCACAGCGCCCCCGCAAGCAGCCGAGGUUCAUGGACAUCCGCUCGUUCAUCCGGAUGGUCCCCGUGGCAGUUGAGUAGAGCGGCCGUGUGCCCGUGAGGCAGGCGCACCAGGGUGCAGCCUCGAGCCGGAGGGCAGCGGCGCUGUGCGCGUUGCCGCUCCGCCUCCUCCCAUGGGCUGUCCAGGCAGCGCGGGGAUCUUCGAAUUCGGCGCUCCAACCCAGGCAGCACCUGCGCCACCUCCAUGGUGUCCCUUCUGCGUUGACGCGUGCCUCUAUGGCUUGGGCACAGUCGCCCCCUAGCGCACGACGCCAGCACGCAAGGCGGGGACGGCGGUGGACCGCCAUCUACCGGUCAGUGGGCGCAUGUUGUAAAA